CAUAGCUUGCUUGCACUCUGCAAACGAUCUAGUCGUUCGCAUUAUAUCAAUAAUUAUUAGUAACCUUUGUAGCCAAAUCAAAUUAAAAGGUUACCACAUUAUCGGGGGUUUGCAGUUUAUCCAGAGCCAUUGACGUGUGUGUACAGUACAAGCCGAUGCAAAUAAUAUCUUUCUUAUUUGUGAAUAGUUUAUUAUCUGUGCAGAGUUUGAGUUUGAAUUAAUUUAAUAAAAUAAUGACUUCCCAAUAUAUUGAACUAAAGAGUGAUACAAAACAUCUAGUUCCUGGCACGAUGGGAGAGAGUUUUAGUAGAGCUGUGCAACCAGAAGAGUUGGCUGUGUUCAAGAAACUGCCGACGAAUACUCUCUUGGACAACAUCGAAAUUCCAGAAAGGCCUGAAAAUCGGACACCCACUGAUCGAAAAUUCCUGAUUGUGUUUGCCGUCGCAGUGAUUAUUCUGUUUCCGUUCCUUAUAUAUACCAUGGUAUACUCUGAUUUUGGCCGUUAUAAGGGCUACGACCAAUGUGGUAAUGUCUGUGGACAGAAAAAUAAGAAGUACGACAAGUGGGAUUGUACUGGAGAAGAUAACACAAACAAACCGUAUUUACAGUACGAAACCAGUGAUAGACAUUUAGGAUGGGACUCUUUAUUGUUAACUAGUAGAAAAUGUGUUCAAACAUGUGAAGCAGGAUAUGUUCAAGUUAUCAAUACCUGUUACAAGAAAGCCCCGAAAUAUAAUGAAUUUAAUUUCCGUUUAAAGAGAGAUGCCGAGGAAAUCGAAACUUUGGAAGAUAUGGGAAAAGGCCUGUCUGAUUAUUUAAACAAAAAUGCUUGGAGAAUUGCAUUGGCAUGUUUUCUGUCACUAGGUGUUGGAAUGUUAAUGUUGUUCCUGUUUAAAACCGCUACAGCAGCAGUUGUUUGGGGUAUUCUAGGAGGAGUCCUAAUUUUUGGAACCAUUCUUGUAGGACUGGCAUGGUACGCCUACUUCAAUUUCGACAAAUUAGUUAAUGAUAAUAAGAGGAACGUGAAGUCCAGCAAAGAGGGUAUUCUAUUUCUGGCUAUCUUUUUUACUAUUCUGAUAUUGAUAUUUUUGUUGGUCGCUGUAUUCAUGUACCGAAAGAUCCAAUUAGUCAUUCAGUUACUGAAGGAAGCUACAAAGGCCGCUUUUGCUAUGCCACAAUUACUGUUUAUUCCAAUAAUUACGUUCGUCGUGGAACUUAUUGUACUGGGACUUUUAGUUUUCACCACAGCCUUCAUGAUCACAUCAGGUGUUUUAAGCGAAUUGACACCAAGCUUUUUGUACUACAAAGAAAAUAUUGUGAUGCAAAUUGCAAUGAUUUUUAACGUUAUCAUUGCUUUUUGGAGCACACAGUUUAUCAUUGGGGUACAGUACAUGGUUAUCGCUGGAGCUGUUGCUAAAUGGUACUGGUCGAAAAACAAGCAUAACUUAGACAGUCCAAUUUGCUCCAGUGCUGGAUUCGUCUUCAAAUACCAUCUUGGUAGUGUUGCGUUCGGAUCUUUGAUCAUAACAAUCAUUGCUAUCAUUAGAGCCCUUCUUACAUCUUUGACUAAAAACAAGGCUGUCAAAGCAAUAGUCGAUGCUUGCAUUGGAGCCCUUGAAGAUUUUCUCAAGUUUCUGUCGAAAAAUGCUUACAUUUUAAUCGCUAUGCAUGGUAAACCUUUCUACAAAUCUGGUAAAAGAGCUGCCAAAAUUAUCUUCCAGAAUGCUGUUAACAUUGUUUCUAUCAACUUUGUUGGUGAUUUCGUGUUGGGAAUGGCACAAAUGUUGAUUGUUCUAAUUUCUUUAUUGAUCACCGUUGGACUUAUGCAUGGUACUGAAGGCGAUUACGAGUUCGUUUGUCUACUUAAUUGUAUUCUUCGUAUCCCUCUUCGUUGCCGUUACUUGCUUCUCAAUAUUUGAGACGACAAUCGAUACGAUCUUCCUCUGCUUCUGCGAAGACAGCCUCUUGAAUGACGGCAUGGCACGUCCAUACGCUAUGUCUCGUGACCUAAUGGAAUUCGUGGAGAACUCCAAGAAGCUUUAUGGCGAGAAGAAAGACUAACUAAACUUCUAAACAAACCCAUGACGCACAGGUCAUGCAUAAAUUAUAUACCAAGCUGUUGGUAGCAAAUAUACACAUUGUAGACAGCCAUCACAUACCGUUAUUAUUUUAUAAAUGUGUAAAUUGCUGUAUUAUACAGUAAUCGAUAUUGUAGGCAGUAACGUAUGUUAAUUUUGUUUGUAUUUUUAAAAUUAUUGAAAUGUUUAUUUUAUUUGAAACAUUUUUCGAAAUAUUACAUUAUAAUUAAACGUUUUGUACGCACAUAAAGUAUGGAUGGAUAUGUUUUUAAGCCGUCCUUUAAAAUUAAAUAAUUUAGUAUAUUUAACUUCUUCCAUAUUGUUCUUCUGUAAAAAGUGCAUAAAUUUUUGUUCGUCUAAAUUUU